UCCAAAAACAUGAGAGAUGAGACAGAGACAGAGGGUUGACGGAAAAAAUAGGAAACAACAAAAGUGGCAUCAACCUAAUCCCCUGCCUCGCAGAUCCACUCAGGCAGCAGCUUAAAACUUCAGAACCCUAAUCUUGGCUUAUUCAAUUAGAAUGGAGGGAAGUGGAGGUGGUGCUGCUUCUUCGUCUCCACCUGUGGCGAAAUAUUUAAACGACUUCUCCAAGCUGUUUCAAUACUAUCUCGAUAAAUCUACUCCCCAUUCUGUGUACCGAUGGAUUGGGACUUUGGUCAUUGCAAUCAUCUACGUUUUGCGAACUUUUUAUGUGCAGGGAUUUUACAUUGUUUCUUACGGCCUCGGAAUCUACCUUCUCAAUCUCUUGAUCGGUUUUCUCUCCCCUUUGGUUGAUCCUGAGCUCGAUCCCUCCAACGCCCCUAUCCUUCCAACCAAAGGCUCCGAUGAGUUCAAACCCUUCAUUCGCCGCCUCCCUGAGUUCAAGUUCUGGUAUUCCUUCACCAAGGCUCUCUGCAUAGCCUUUGUAAUGACCUUCUUUUCCGUAUUCGAUGUUCCUGUCUUUUGGCCCAUAUUACUCUGUUACUGGUUUGUUCUCUUUGUCCUUACAAUGAGGCGCCAAAUUGCACACAUGAUCAAAUACAAAUAUAUUCCUUUCAACUUGGGGAAGCAGAAGUAUGGCAGUAAGAAAUCUUCUGCAGGUAGCAGUGGCUCUCGUGCAGACUGAUACAUGGCUCUUAUGAUUCGAAGAUCUGCUAGGUUAGGUUUUGAGAACAUUCAGGCUAGUUAAUUUCCCCCUCCUUUUUUCGUAAAAACUUGUAUUCAUGGCAUUAUGGAUGCCGGUAUGCACACUGUGCAGUUACAGAAAAUCUUAAACGUCCACUCGUUGUUAUACUAUACUUAUUAUACCCGAAGUGAAGACGUGCUAAUAUUGGCAGUGAAUUCCAUUGUCGCUACACAUGUAUUCAUUGGAUUUUCUUGUAAAUCUCAGCUUGAGUUGUGAAUUUUUUAUGCUGUGACCGGAACCUUCUACCACAAUAUUCAGGCAAAAUUCAUCCUUC